AUGGAGCGCUCAACGAGUCGGUCGACCUACUUCUUCUUCCCAAACUACGAGGACCAUUUCCCAGAGGACGGCAGCCCCCCCGGCGGCCCCAACAAGCGCGAAGAAUCCAUCCCAUUCCCGGAUAGUCCUACCUACGACGCCAAAUUCACCCGGCCCGUGCCAUUUGCCAGAUUCAAACACCCCUCCUCCCCUCCUGGCGAUCUAUCCGGGAACCGGGAAGCAGAAACCAACCUGAUCCUCCGAUAUCUUUACGAGGCCACCCAGGGCUCUAGCCUCAAUCAGCUCUCCGACGACUUCUCGAAACCCUCUGCCUCCUCACUCUCUUCCAGCUUCCCGAAUCACUCUACCCGACUACCGCUCGUCACUUAUCUCAAGAAGAUCUGGCGAUCGAGUUGA